CGUUGGGCGGAAAAUAGUGGUGAUACCGGAAGCUGCGCUAAGAAGGCGAAAGAAGAUCUGGGAGAGGACUGAGUAAAAGGGGGACGAUGCGGAGGUUGAAAAAGCAUCGUGGAAUAAGGAUCACCUCCUUCCCACCUCCGAUUUAAGCUUUUAGCUUAUCGUGGUACAUUAUUUCUAGAUCUAGCAGCAAAAUGGCAACUUUGCAGGAAACAGAAAACACAUCAGCUGACUAUGCCACCUCACCCAUCCGUGGACCUGGAGAUGGCAUGGAAACAGAGCAACCACCUAAAGCUAUUGAAAUUGUCCACACCUCAACCAGUCACGUCCAACUCAGCCCACACAAGAAAGUUCUUCCUUCACUAAGUCCUGGAGUUCUUCAGCUGGGGAAGAUACAUGGUGAUAAAGCUGUGGAGAUUGAAGCUGUACGAAUUCUGGUUCCUAAAGCUGCAAUUAAGCAUGUUGUUCCUACCAAAAAUUCAAAGGUGUCUAAGUCUCUAGGACACCAGAGAGAAACGCUCAGCCAAUCAGAUGGAGUUUCAGAGAAAAAGAAAGAUCUGCUGGAGCUAAAAAAUGCAGUUGAAAAGCUCAGGAACUCAGAAAAAAGGUUGCUGCAGGAUAAAGAAGGCCUUUCCAAUCAGCUCCAUGUACAGACAGAGGUCAAUCGGGAGCUCAAGAAGUUACUUGUUGCUUCUGUUGGGGAUGACCUGCAGUAUCACUUUGAACGCAUGGCACGUGAGAAAAAUCAACUGAUCCUUGAAAAUGAGGCCCUGGGGCGGAAUGUGUCUCAGCUAUCCGAACAGUUAGAGAGGAUGUCUAUACAAUGUGAUGUUUGGCGGAGCAAAUUUCUAGCAAGCAGAGUCAUGACUGAUGAGCUGACUAACUUCAGAGCAAUUCUCCAGCGUCAAACCAGGGAUGCUCAAAGUGCAAUUCAGGGUCUGCUAAGUGAACGGGACCAGUUUCGGCAAGAAAUGAUUGCUACACAAAAAUUGCUGGAAGAGCUGCUAGUUUCUCUGCAGUGGGGGAGACAACAGACUUACUAUCCUAGUGCACAGCCUCACAGUACAGCAGAGCUAGCAGCUGUGAAUCAUAAAUUGGCUAGAGCAGUGACCUCUCAUCUCCUUGGAAAUGCUGAUGCAUCUAACAGUCCCAAAAAGAACUCCUCACCUACAGAACUGUGCAACACUCCUGCUGUGUUAAGAAUGCUGGAUCCUGGUGCCUGUACAGAAGCAUCACCCGAACUUUCUUUGUCUUCACCAGCCUCUUUCCUUUCACCAAAGAAGAAUAUAGGACGAUUUCACCCAUACACUAGAUAUGAAAACAUCACUUUCAACUGCUGCAACCACUGCCAGGGAGAACUGAUAGUUCUUUAAAGUUGGCCAGAAGCUAGAACUGUUGCAUCAGUACACUUUAGCUGGGAUCUACACUGUUAACUCUGUUGCGGUUUGUCUAAAGGGAUGGGCUCCUUUCUGCUUUUAGGCUUGUCAAGAAGUUCUGCUGUCAGUCUAGCGCUUUCAGGAUUGCAUCACAGUGCAGCAACAGGAGCACCACUGCCUGCUUUUCUAGAUGAGACCAGAUUUUACACUGUACACAGUCUCUUAAACUCACACAAUUUAUAUGUGUGAAAGCAAAGAAUAAUAAAUCCCACAAGCAUCAGAUCUUGGACAGAAGCAGAUAUCUGCUGUUCCUUGGUUAAAGUAAUUUAAAAUGGCAAGGAGUGCAGUGUUACAUAUUGAAGUUCUGUUUUAGCAGUCACAUUACCUAAGCAAGUACAAAUCUCUUUCUUUUGAAAGCAACUCUUGGGUAUAAACUGUUUAAACAUCCUCUCAAUUGAGACUGAGUGAAUUCUAGAGUGUAUGAGAUAUUGCACAUGAAAUUGAAACCAAAGAGUAACAGCAUUUAAACUAUUGCAUAUGUGCAUCUAAGUGUGUGAGGUAUCUCUAACACAGGUUUAAUGUGACUUGAAUAAGCAUGUGUGGUGGAGUAUACAUGUAGGAAGCUUCUUCUGGUGCUAUUAGACUUGGAAAGGCUGAUAUUCCAGCUGUACCUCAAGGAACCAAGAUGUGUAUGUUUGUAUUUUUUUCCCCUUUCCGAAUUCAAGUAUGGUAAUAGUUAUAUAAAUCAUGGAUUAAGAAGUGCUUCUGGGUUUGGCUCCCUGUGGUCUGGGUUACAGACUACCUUUACAAUAAAUGUU